UGCCCUUCUCUCUGCAAUAUCAAGCCUUUCAGUCCAGUCCCAUCUGUUUACCCCUCUCUGGCUCCCAGAGCUGCACACCUCUGCACUGCAGUGGCCAUGGCCAGCCAGUCAGUCUUCGUUGUUGCUAUAGAUUUUGGCACAUCCUACAGUGGGUACUGUUAUUCUCUUGCUUCAGGUACAGACCAAAUCCGCCAGGUUUACUGGGGAACAGAGCAUGGGCUCAGGACCCCAAAGACGCCCACAUGCAUCUUGUUCAACCAGAAGCAGGAGUUCAAGUAUUUUGGCUAUGAUGCUGUGAUGAAGUACAAGAACCUGCCCUCCAGCCAAGCUGACAGCUGGUACUUCUUCCAGAAUUUCAAGAUGCAGCUGUACAACACGAAUGUCACAGCUGGCAUGGAGCUGAAAGCCAGCAACGGAAAGUUGCUUCCUGCCCUGACAGUCUUUUCCAAAAGCCUGUGCUACCUGAAGGAACAUGCCCUGAACACCAUUCAAGAGGCCUCUUUCCAAACUGUCUAUGACCAGGAGGAGAUCACCUGGGUCCUUACUGUCCCAGCCAUAUGGAGCGCUGCCGCCAAGCAGUUCAUGCGUCUGGCAGCAAAAGAGGCAGGAAUUAUCUCUGGCAUGCUCUCUGAGAAGCUGAUCAUUGCCUUGGAGCCAGAAGCUGCAUCACUGUGGUGCAAGCAGCUUCCACAGGAAGGGUUUAUGGCAGACAGCAGUGACAAGAAGAAGUUUGAAGACUCCCCUGGGAUCCAGUAUAUUGUUGUUGACUGUGGAGGUGGCACUGUAGACAUCACAGUACAUGAGAUCCAAGAAAACCAUUACCUAAAGGAGUUACACAAGGCAACUGGAGGUGGAUGGGGAGGCAACAGAGUGGAUGAAAACUUCACCAGUUUCCUCAAGGAAAUAUUCAGUGAUGGUGUAUGGGAUGAAUAUGUAAAGAAGCACCCUUCUGAAUUACAAAAUAUGAUGUACAACUUUGGCCUACAGAAAUGCUCUGCUAACAGGGAGGCAGUCUACAUACAUUGCUACUGCAACCUGGUCAGAGUGGCAGAGUCCAAGAAGGACAUCUCCCAGUUCUUUGAAAAAGCAGUAGGAGCUGUGUGGUGUGAUGGGACGAUCAUGAUUACAUAUGAGAAAAUGAAGAGGUUGUUUGACUACUGUAUCAACAAUAUCAUUUGUGCUUUGAGGGAAAUUCUUUGCAAGCCUGAGAUGGACAAAGUCCAAUACAUUUUGCUUGUGGGAGGCUUUGCGUCCAGCAUCAUCCUGAGAGAUGCAGUCAGUCAGGCCUUUAGCAGCAAGUAUCAUAUCCUUUGUCCCACAGAGGCCCAGCUGGCCAUUGCAAAAGGGGCUGUUUUAUUUGGAGUUAAUCCACACAUUGUUACCUCAAGAAUCAGCUGUAGGACAUACGGUGUAAAAGUGAGUGAGAAAUUUGAUGAUGCUAUCCAUGACAUCCGUAAACGGAAGGUCUCAAAAAUUGAUGGCUAUACUUAUUGCACAGACCUCUUCAAGAAAUUGGUGGGAGUUGGGCAGCCGUUGAAUAUAAAUGAAGUUGCUUACUAUAAUUUCUAUCCAAUAGAACCAGAUCAAACACAUGCAGUCUUUGCUUUCUAUUGUACAAAAAACCAGGAUGCUCAGUAUGUAGAUGAGGAUGGGAUGGAAAAGCUUGGCUCCUGUGUAGUGCCAUCUCCAGACACACAGCUGGGGAGAGAUCGCAAGCUGAAGAUGGAGAUUAAAUUUGGGCUCACUGAAUUUAAAGCCACAUGUACUGAUGUUACUUCCCAAGAAAGUCAGACAGUUGUAAUAGAUUUUUUAUCUAAUGAAUGCUCGACAUAUUGAACAGAUCUUAGACAUCUUUUCCAGCCACUAUGAUUCUAACAAUUCUAUGACUUCUACAAUAGAGGAGGCAAUUGGACCAAUAAGUCCAUCACGCAGUGUUCUGUUUACACAGGAAAACUACUAGUCUGAUUGUCUGGUUCCUUCCAUUCCUUACCAACCAUCCUUUCAGUCCAACACCUCACUUUUUGUUGUAUCUGACAGCAGGUUUGUCUGCUGCUUCAUCUUAUGCCCUUUUAGCUUGCAUCUCUGAACUCAAUAGUCCAUACCACCAAUAUAAUCAUCUGUGACCUGCCUGUGUUUGAUGCAAAGCCUCUGGACUGCUGUCUAACUUCCACAUAAAGCAGCCCAUAGCUGUUUAUUUUAGCCUGGUGUCUUUCAGACACAUCUCUUUCUCUCACAUUGGGUCUCUUUAGCUGGAGUCCAGGUUUAAAUCUGGUGGGGGUGGCAUUCAUGGGAGUGGAUUUCUCUUUUCUUCAGAAUAUCACUUACAUAAACUGUGUGUCAUUAAAGCUCCAGUGUCCCAGAUGAGGGUGCUGAGUGAACCAGUCUAGGGGCUUGUGUCCAAAACCUGUGCGAGUGUUGUUUCCAUUAAAGGACUGGGUGGUUUGAUCUCAUUAAUUGGGCAUAUAUGAAUGCCAGAUUGUAACAUUACAGAUAUGAAUAGUGCUUAUGCUGCUGCCUGAGGCCUCUGUCCAGCUCUGGGUACUCUCUGCCUCUCUGAUUUGGGCUUGAUAUUUUCCAAAAUCUAAUUUCUUUGCCUCCUGCCUGCAGCACCUGUGCAAAGGUUCAGCAUGGUGUAAGUUUCAUGAGCAUAAAUUUGUACCAAGAAAAGGAUGCAGUCCAGCAGUGUGCUGGGUCUGGCUGAGGUGGAGUUUACUUUCUUCAUAGCAACCCUUAUGCUGAUGUGUGGUUUGUGUCCAAAAUGGUGUUGUCAGCACACCAAUGUUUGGGGGUGAGGGGUGGGCUGGCGUUUGUGGAAUUGGUUUUUCCCCCCUCACUAAGGAUGUAAAGUUUCUCUGCUGAACACCAGCCUCCACCAAUGCAAAUUCUUGGUUAGCUGGAUUCACUGCAAGGAAACUCAGCACUGGCAUCCUUAUUAGUUGUAAUGAUCAUGUUAGAGUUACUGCCAGCCAUGUAGUGAAUGUUGUUAAUCAUGAGAGCAGCAUUCAGAGAACUAAUCUGUAUAUCUGCUAUGCCCUAUGCUAUCUAGAAGUGGAGCGAUUUUGAAAUUACUACCUUUGCUUUCACAUUUAAAAUGUUAUGCAUGCAAUAAAAAUAUUCACAACAGA